AUGUUUGGUAUCUUUUUUAGAUACACAUAUGUUUCUGCCGUUUCAGAUAUUCAAUAUCAGGUUUCAGGUACAAAUGAGCCACUCCCAUCAUCAGAUUCUAACCUGUUGCUAAAGUUUGCACAGCAUACUCAUGAACGGUUGCGACGUCAGAGUAACACAAAUGGAAGCCAUCCUCAAGGUGCAGAUGCUAAUGGUUUGGCUAGCGGUAAAUCUACAGAAAUAUCUCACACCCAAGGCACAACAUUUUCGGAUAAAUCCAGCGAGAAAGAGGGUAAUGGCUCCACUGCUUUAUCUGUAACAUCUACAAAAGGUGCUGUACUGACACCCCAAACUACUACAAGCUUGCCCAAAGAACAAAACAUUGAAGGAUCAAAUAACGGAAGUGCCAGCCCAGAGGAUAACCCAUUCGAAGAUGCUGAUAUAAUUCAUGACCAUUAUGAUUAUUACACAUCUGAUGUCAUCCAAAACAAGCUGUCUGAACACUGGAUUGAUCUGGAGAAUACCUCGCGACAUGAGACUUUGUCAACAAGCCGUAGAGUUGCAACAAUGGUGGAUCUGAAAUUUGAUUUCUACUUCUAUGGACACAAGGUGACUAAUGUUACAGUUGCUACUGGAGGUUUCAUCUAUAUGAGCCCCUUCCUUCACCAAUGGCUGACAGCAACUCAGUACAUUGCUCCAUUGAUGGCAAAUUUCGAUCCUACCUUGAAUAAACAGACGAGCAUAUAUCAGCGUAGCGACAAAAAUAAUUUUGUUGUGGAAUGGAAGGACAUUAUGCUAAAGGAUCAGGCUUCAGGUGGAAAAUUUCAUUUUCAAACAAUCCUCACCAGGGAUGGAUUGAUUAAAUUUGCUUACAAAUCGGUACCCCUGCCUGUCAGCAAUAUUUCUACCCGAGAACAUCCAGUCAAGGUUGGAUUGUCUGAUGCAUAUUAUAAUGAUACAUACAUUCCAGAGUACAACGUAAAGAGAAGGACCAUCUAUGAGUACCACAAGGUUGCUCUGCCCAUGUCCUCAGUGAGCAAUGGAUCAGUCAUUAUCCUGACACCUUUACCCACUUGUAACCGGCUUGCGGAUUGUGGUACUUGUGUUAGUCAUGUUGGAGUGAAUUUUGAUUGCCGCUGGUGCAACACCAUAGGCAGAUGCUCUGAUGGGCUCGACUGGUAUCGUCAGCACUGGGACAGAGAAGGUUGCCAAACUCAGGUAUUUAAAUAUAUAUCAGUUGAUGUUUACUGUCCUGUGUGUGUACAUAUUGUCUUCAGUACCUGCGUUGUCAGCUGUAUUUCACUUUAUAGAGUGCCGUUUAAAACUAUAAGCACUUUUAUGCACACUAAAGAUGCAGCUGAAUGUUCAGCACUGCCCACACCACCAAGGCCUAUCACUGAUCCUUUGCAUACUGACCAUGUCAAAGACCCCUGCAUG